AUUGAAGGAAAAAUGAAAUUAAAGGAAAAUUUAAGCGCGAAACUUGAAUCUACGGAAGAACGAAUUAAAAUGAUGAAAAAACGUAUUAGUAACUUACUGGCAGAACAUGAUAUAAAUCAAAAACUUUUAAAUACUCAUUCGGCACAACUCAAAACUGAAGAUCAUCAUUAUCGAUUGAGUCGUAAUACUGAAUCGAGCCUGCAACAAGAGGCGCGAAAUUUUCAAAAAGAAUGGAAAGAAGUAAAUGAAACAGUAUCAAAUAUUGAACGAGAAUUGGAGAAAAUGGCAAAAAAAAUAGAGACAUCGAAAAAUGUUCUUAAAUAUGAUGAAAAGAGUAUAAAAGAAUGGGAAGAUAUAUUAAAUCAAAAUGAAGAUAAUAAUCAAUUGAUAGAACAAUAUAUGAAAGAAGAUUUAAAAGAAUACAAGGAACUGGAAUUAAAGAGACAGAAGCUUAGCAAAGAAUUACAGACAUAUCGCGAUGCAAUUGUUAAAUCAACUAACGAAACGCAAGAGUUGGAAAUUAUUCUUAAUCGAACAUCUACAUUGUAUAAUCAAGCAUUAACUGAAUAUCGACAGAUGUUUAAUCAGUGGAAAGAAAGUGUAACUAUGUUACAACAAAGAAAUGAUGACAUCAAAAAAAUUAUUCAAGAAAUUGAAACAAUGCAUGAAAUUUCAAAAGAUAAAAAAAAUACACUUCAAGAAUCAGAAAAGUUUUUAAGGGAUCAUAUUGAAAAUAAUAAAGAGGUUCAAGAUUCAAUUAAGAAAUUAGAAAAAGAUCUUUCUAAACUGAAAGAAGAUCAAUGUAAAAUGAAAGAAAUAAUUAGUACAUAUGAGAAUCAGCUUGCAAUACAAAAAAAUAUUAUGAAAGAAUUGACACAACAUAUGCAACAAGUAAGAGCUGAUAUAAAACAUAAAGAAUCACAAAUUCAAAUUAAAUAUACAAAAAUAGAGAAACUAAAUAAACAAAUAACUGAUUUGACUGCAAAAUUGCAAGAUAUUGACAACCAAAAAGUGGAUAUUGAAGAGAAGGCAAAGGAACUAGAGAAUAUGACAGAGGAACAAGAAAAGAAAAAGGCUAAAAUGACAAAAGAAAUGAAUCGAUUACAAACAGCAAAUUUACAUGCAGUGAAUCAAAUAAAAAAUUUAGAGAAUGAGAAUAAAAUUCUGAAAAUGCAGUAUCAAAAGGAGUGUAAGAAAUCUGAAUACUUGGACAAAUUAUAUGUCAAAGAUGGACAAAUUUUUGAAGAAAAGAAAGAAAUAUGGUACCAAGUACAAUUUGAAGUUCAGAAGUCUGAGAUGAAAUUGGAGAGAUUAAGGGGUCAUGAGCAUGAUAAGUCUGAAGCUGAAAGAAAACAAAAUAAAAUUGAAGAGCUUCAAAAUAAUUUAGAUGAAAAGAUGAAAGUAUCUAAGUUAUUGCAGAAACAAAUUGCAAGUUUAGAAGAUGAUAUGAGAAAAAUGUCAAAUAAUCUAGCAAGUGGCAACAAUGAAUUAGAGUAUUUAAAAAAUAAAAGGCAAGACCUUGUUCUCCUUAUGAAUGCAGGAGAAAAACAACUAAAAUCUGCUCAAAAUUGUUAUGAGGAGAAACAAGUUGAAGAAAGCAUGUUACGACUUAAAGUAUCACAAAUGAAGAAAAUGAUAUCCAAUAUUGGAGAUAAUGUUUAUGAUUUGGAAAGAUAUAAACUUGAAUUGGAAGCUGCAAUGCAAGAACGAAAAGCAGAAAUUGCAGUACAAAAGGAAUCUCUAAUUAUUCAAAAAAGAGUUGCUGAUAAUGAAUGUUCAGAGUUAAAAAAUGCUAUUGCUGAGAGAAAAAUGCGAAUAAAGCAAUUGCAAGCAAGGUACCAUAAUUUCACAGCAUUGUUAGGUACCAAUCCUGAUGGUACACCUGUCAAUACAACACAUCUUAAGCUUCAAAGUGCACAAGAAAGAUACCUUUUACAAGAACAUGGAGAUAAAUUAGACGAAGCAAUUAGAAAAACUGAACAUGAUAUACAAGCAAUGGAAAACACAUUAAAAGUAAUAAAUGUUUGUAAUGAUAAAUAUAAAGUAACUUUGACUGCAAAUGAUAAAAAUAAACCAGAAACAGAAGAGCAUAAAAAACUGCAUGAGGAAUUACAAGAUGCUGAACAAAAUUUAAAGGAAAAAAAGAAAGAACUACAAUCCUUAACUGGAAGCAUGCAGAAAACACAAAAUGACUAUAUGCAACUCCUUAAAGAUAUAGAUGAAACUCAAGAAUGUAAGGAAAAUAAAAAUCAAUAUUUAAUUGAUUUAAAACAACAAAUUCAUGAGCAAAAAGAAAAAAUAUCAAGAGCUGAUAAAAGUUUACAGAAUGUUAAAAAAAGCAUUCAUCGAAUGGUUGAAAUCACAGGAGACAAAACUGUAUUUAUACAAGAGAAAGAGGUAGAAUUGCGUGAACUUCAAGAACAAAAUUCUAUUGUCUUACAAGAUAUUGCAGAAUUUACAGUUCAUCACAUGGAAGCAGAGACUUAUAUUAAGAAACUUUUGACAACUAAAAAUAUAGAAUUACCUUCAAUAACAUUAUUGAGCCAAUCAUCAAUAUCAAGUCAAUCUAAUAGUAAUACAAAUUUGACAGACUGUCAGGCAAAAAGUACAAAUCGUGGAAGUAUGCCUGACAUUACUGAGGUUUCUAACAAUAAAGUUUUUGGUGGAUGGCAAAAAGUCUAUUUGCACGAAAGCUAUGAAUUGGGAUGUAAAAUGAAUUUUGGAAUUUUCCUACCACCACAAGUAGAGGAAGGACCUGUACCUGUUAUUUACUGGUUAUCUGGUUUAACAUGUACAGAAGCUAAUUUUAUUCAAAAAGCAGGUGCACAAAAAUAUGCUUCUGAACAAGGAGUAGUUUUAGUUACACCUGAUACAAGUCCUCGCAAUCUCAAUAUACCUGGAGAAGAUGAUGAUUGGGAUUUUGGUACUGGUGCAGGUUUUUACGUUGAUGCAACAAAUAACAUAUGGAAGAAAAAUUACAGAAUGUACAGUUAUGUUACUAAAGAGUUACCAGCUUUGAUUAAUGAAAAAUUUCCCGUUUUACAAUGCAAGCAAUCUAUAAUGGGUCAUAGUAUGGGAGGACAUGGAGCCUUAAUUUGUGCUCUAAAAAAUCCUGGUUUAUACAAAACAGUUUCAGCUUUUGCACCUAUAAGUAAUCCGAUUGCAUGUUCAUGGGGUAAGAAAGCUUUCUCCGGUUAUCUGGGUGGAACAGAAACUAAUGUUGCAUGGAAAGAUUGGGAUGCUACAGAAUUAGCUAAAAAAUAUAAUGGACCCCCUUUGGAUAUUUUAGUUGAUCAGGGAAAGGAGGAUAAGUUCUUGAAAGAUGGACAAUUAUUGCCAGAAAAUUUAUUGUCAGCUGCAAAAGAUGCUGGAUUAUCAUUAGUUCUUAGGUUUCAAGAAGGUUAUGAUCACAGUUACUUUUUCAUAUCUACAUUUAUUGAAGAUCAUAUUAAACAUCAUGUAAAAUAUCUUAAAUCUUAA